CCACAGAGAUGGUCGUUGCACGAAGAGUUAUAUAAUGCGGAUGCGUUUUCUUUAUUUUUCUUUCUUAUAAAAAGAGAGAUUUUUUUGUGAUAUGUAUACCUGUAUAAGUCGUACAUAUUCCAAACUGGUUAAAUAGGUCGCUCGGGGGUGAACAGAAGGUUCCAGCCUAAUUGCCGGAUAUUUUGGGCGGCGGCGUCCAUGAACGAUGUGGCGGCUUCCCGAUCCAAGAAGCGGAGGCGGGACCUCAUCAGCAACCUCCCUGACGAGAUCCUCGGCACCAUCAUCUCUCUUGCCCACCAAAGACGCCGCGCGGACAACCGUUCUCUCCUCUCGGUGGCGCCACCUCUGGCACUCCGCCCCGCUUAACCUCGCGGUCGAGCACCUCGCCCGCUCAAUCUGGCUCACCGGCUCGUUCCUCCGCGACAUCCACUACAAACCUGUUUACCGCCGGGUGAGCGAGCACAUCGACGUCACCCUCUCCAAGAUCCUCACCGUGCACACCGGCCCCGCUCGCCGCCUCUCCUUGGGUGACCGCCACGGCAUCCGCCUCAACCGCGGCUUCUGCACUAAGUUCGACGGCUGGUUCUGCUCCACCGCCCUCGAUGGCCUCGAGGAGCUCGAUUUCUACUUGGGCGGCGAGCCGGGGUGGACGCUGCCGACCUCCGUGCUCCGCUUCGCGCCCACGCUGCGCGUCGCGAGACUGUGCGGCUGUGAUUUCCACGAGAUUAAAGCUACCCCCGCACUUCGUCUCCCUCGGCUGAAGGAGCUCAAGCUCUGUGGUCGUGCCACUAUCUCGGAUGCGACCCUCCACUGCCUACUCGCUGGCUGCACUGCGCUAGAGAUCCUUCAGCUUGAUAACAUCCAGGGGCUCAGCUCCGUCCGGAUCAUCUCGUCCACUCUACGUAGUAUCGGUGUCUCUGGUUCUGACUUCAACAUUGAAGAGUCCCAGAUUCAGGAGCUUGUCAUUGAGGAUGCACCUUGCCUCGAGAGAUUGAUCACACUUGGUCCAUGUGGUGGCCCGAGGAUAGUCAAAGUCCUUGCGACGCCGAACUUGAUGGUGUUGGGCUGCCUGUAUGGCGAAAAUUUCAAAACUGUGAAUGGAACAAUUGUGAAGGAAAUUGUCCCCACUAGCUUGUCUGCAUCGGGACGCACAGUGAAGGUCUUGAUUCUAGAAUCUAUCGGCCCCAAUCUAAAAGCAGUUGUUGGCUUCCUUAGAUGCUUUCCCUGCUUGGAGAAGCUAUACAUCCAGUCACGCCUUAGGAAGGAUAUGAAAAAUGUGUGCCAAUAUAGCACACUCGAUCCCAUCGAAUGCCUUGAACUUCAUCUCAGAGCAAUAGUAUUGAACACCUAUGAAGGCAAGAGAGCAGAUGUUGACUUUGCCAAGUUCUUUGUUCUGAAUGCAAAGGUGCUCAAGGUAAUGAAAUUUGGUGCCAGUGGUACCUGCAAUGAUAAAUGGGUGGCUAAUCAGCGCAGGCGGCUACAACUGGGUAACAGAGCUUCUAGAGAUGCGCGAUUUGAUUUUGAAAGAGAUUUUGAUAUCCCCAGCCUUUGCGAUGACUAUCACCUGUAUGGUAUGUGGACAGUUGAUCCCUUUGGUAGCUCUUAGUGCAAAUGUUGUUGUCUGCUAUGAUGCCCUUUCAGUGGAGUCUUCUUGCAAAAAAAAAAAAAAAAAAAAGUAGCCUGAAGUAUACUGAAAUUUAGAAGUCUGCAGAGCCAGGGGAUAUGUUUGUCUAUGCUCUUUCCAUAUACUAGUGAAAUAAUAUGUUUCUAUCCAUGAAGUAGACUGGAAUUCCAAAGUCUGCGGAACCAGAAUUCAGAAGUCCGCAGGGGGAUUAAGUAACCGGUGGAAGGGCAGGGUAGCUUCUUACUUUGGUCUCUGAAAGUGUAUGUAAAAGAGUUUGUAUUGUUUGCAAAACUGUCUUGCAAAAUCUGGGUCAAAUUAAGUGUUAGUUUAAACUCUGAUAUCCUUCGAUUAUAUAAUGAACUAGUGCUUGAUC